UUUUCACUUUUUUUCCUGCUUCCAAAAAGGUGUGUUAAUUUUUUUAAAAGCUAAUAAACCAUACUAUAUAUUAUAAUAAUAUAUUAGUUUAAACAGCGCUGGCUUUAAGUUGUAUAAAGUGUGAUAUUUUGUGCUAAACAUUAUAUAUUUGCAGCUCCAGCCACUGCACAAAAAGUCCGGGAGCCCCUGGCCUCACCGAUCCGCCUGUAGCCCUUCCCUUCCCGGCAUUCAGUGAGCCCUUCCUCCCGGUGGGUCCCCCGUGUAGCUGCGAUGUAGUUCUUAUCAAAGCCCUCCUGUCUUGUUGUGACAGCUCUGAUAUUGUUUAUUGAGGUGGAUGUCAGCUUUAAUUAGCAAUCGAUACGGGGAGCGUUUGCAGAGCGCGCCUCUGACGUCAGCGUCCAUUACCGCUUCUCAUUGGGUCUCAUAUUCCCAGAGCCUGGGCUAAUUAUUGGGAGGUUCAUGUGGAUAAAGUACAGCUCAUCCCUCCCUUCACAUCAUGUCCCCUGCUCGUUGGCCACACUCACUGCAUUCUUUUUAAAUUCCCAUCGCCGGCCUCCAGACGUCGUUCCCUUUCGCCUGCGGGAUGAUGGACAGCAGGAUACUGGAUCCGCCUCACGCCCAGUUCGGGGGCUCACUCGGCGGGAUGGUGGGCUUCCCGUACCAUCUGAGCCACCAUCACGUUUACGAAUUAGCCGGGCAUCAACUUCAAUCGGCGUCCGUGGUUCCCUUCUCAAUAGACGGAUUACUUAACGGCUCGUGCACGGCGUCGGUGGGCAGCUCCAACCCGCUGUUGUCUUCGGGCUGCGGCAUGAAUGGAGAUAAUCAGUACAAACUGACAGACUCGGGGGACCCAGACAAAGAUAGUCCUGGUUGCAAGAGACGGAGGACUCGCACAAAUUUCACCGGUUGGCAGCUGGAGGAAUUAGAAAAGGCUUUUAAUGAGAGCCACUACCCGGACGUGUUCAUGAGGGAGGCCCUGGCUCUGCGGCUGGACUUGAUAGAAUCAAGGGUUCAGGUCUGGUUUCAGAACCGCAGAGCCAAGUGGAGGAAAAAGGAGAACACAAAGAAAGGUCCAGGUCGACCGGCUCACAACGCCCACCCCACCACCUGCAGCGGGGAGCCCAUGGACCCGGACGAGAUCGCCCGCAGAGAGCUGGACCGGAUGGAGAAGAAGAAGCGGAAGCAGGAGCGGCGGCUGCUCAAGUCCCAGAACCGGCUCGCCGCUGGGGAUUUAUUUCACACCACGGGAUCGGACAGCGACAGCGAGUUGUCGCACGUGACCGACAGUGACCACACGGGCCCGCCUUUUGACUCUGUGGCGGAGAACCACACGCAGCAGUCGAGCUGCGACCAGAGCCCUCAUCCUCUGCAGACCCAGAACCACAACCAAAGACACUUGGACCGGGACGCUGGCGUAUCCGAGCUGGAUUCGCCCGACUCCAGCCACCACCGGUCCAGCCUGUGCUCCUCCAACAGCAGCGCGUCCAGCGCGCAGAAGCUCAACCCGUUCAGCGUCGAGAGCCUCCUCUCGGACUCCAGACCCAGACGCAACCCCGCGGCCUUACACCCCUCCCGGCCUUUGAUAGGGACAGGACACUUCCUGCUCUAUCCCAUCACGCAGCCGCUUGGAUUCAUUGUUCCUCAGACUGCCCUGAAGACCACAGCGGCAGUCGCGUUCUCUGACGUCGACGCCCCAGCGGAGAGAAACCAGACGAGUGUCCGCUGCGGCGGCUCUGCGGGAUGUAGGAGCCGCUCGCCGGACUCCGCAGACCCCUCACGAAGGGCACCGGUGGGAUCCGAAGGAAAGACUCGUUCGCCGCACACCAGCCCGACCAGGGCCGCCUUCCCCGCCGGCCAAAGCACUCAGACCUCCGUUAUUUGCAGCGAACACAGUUCGCCGCUCCUUCACAAGCCCGUCGAUGCGGAGCGAAAAGAGCAUUUAGAGAUCAAGGACCACCCGGACAAGCCCGAGUGUGUCCUCAGUGACAGUCCGGCGGAAACAAAGACAGACUCUAAAGAAGAUGUCGACAUGGAAUAAAUCAUCUGGGGGA